GAGAGCCUAUUGGUAAAGGGUCAGUUAAGCUGUCAUCAUAUGUUGGUGCAUUGGUCCGAGAACAUGUUCCUAUCACAAUUGAUCGUUGGACAAAAAUAGGUGAAGAAAUCAAGACACUUCUCUGGAAAUCUGUCCAGGCUAGGUUUGAACUAGAUGAAGAGUACCAAAAGGUUGCAGUGCUUAAGCAGAUGGGAUGUUUGUGGAGGUCCUGGAAAUCAAAGCAAGUUACAAACAUCAGAGAAGCUAAGACUAACCAGCAGAGGAUGAAUCUGCGACUUAAAAAUGUUUCUCCAACCGAUUGGCGUAAAUUUGUGAAGCUCAAAACUAGCCAAGAAUUUAAGGUUGUAAGCGAUAGCUACAAGGAAAGAAGGCGCAAACAAAUUCCUCACACUUGUAGUCGCAAGGGAAUGGUUAGACUAGCAGAAGAUAUGAAAACUGGUAGUGCAGACCCAUCUGAAGUGACAAGGCUAAAGGUUUGGGUUAAAUCACGUACCAAGAAAGAUGGUACACCAGUGAACACUAAUGCUGCUGAAAAGAUUAAAAAGGCAAAUGAGAUUGUUAACAGUGAUGAUCCAUCGACUGCAACAAAUGAAGCACAACAAGAUUCACUUAGCCAACUGUUAGGGCCUGACAAUCCUGGUAGAAUGAGGGCAAUGGGUAGAAAUAUGAAUAAGACCAAGUUAGCUUGUUUCCAAGUGAAGCACAAGUGUAUGGCUCAAAUGCAAGAGAAUCAGAUUCAGCUCCAGCAGAAGGUCACUGAGUUAGAAGAUGUAAUUCUGAAAAUGAAGAAUCAGAGACAAUCACCUGAGGUUGGUGAAAACUCAGCUGCAAGAAGUGUGAAUAAAAGAUCACAACCAAAGUGUGUCUUGAUUGAUUGGGCUGGUUCUGAGGAAAAAGUUGCUGAGGGGCUUAUUAUGUCUUCUGAUCCUGAUGAAUUAGUUAAUGAAAGUCGCUUAGGCCCUACGGAUGUUAAAGUCUUGAUUGUCACUGCUAUUGUACCAGAAGCAUUCCUUUGGAGACCUGCGAUUAACAUGUGCACCAUUGAGAAAGCUGUUGGACAUAUGGUGGCCUGGCCAUCUAGUUUGUGUGUUAAUCUAGAAGAGGAGCUCCAACCAGAAGACAUUGCAACCCUGGGAUCAAGACCUAAUUCUGUGAACAAGUGCAAGCUACUGGAUUUGUCUUCAUAUGAUGUUGUUGUUGCAGAAGGACGUUGGCAGACACAAGAUGCCAAUGCAUUAGUUAAUGGGCUUCCUCUCGGACCAGCAGCAGUGAAAAUAUUUGUGGAUGCAGUGAUUCAACCUGAGACAUUUAUAUGGAGGCCAACGAUUGAUGUCAUGUACCUUGAGGACUGUUUACAGUCUUCUGUAGCUUGGCCUGCCAACAAAGUUGUCUUUGAAAACCAUGCAGAUGCAACAUGUCAGAAGUCUCCACUUCAUCAGGCUUCUGCAUCAACUCAUCAAACAACAACAGAAAAGGCAGCAGCAUCAGGAGGAACAGCACCAUCAUCAGGUCCACUAAAUGCAGCAGCUGGUUAUAAGUCUUCUGUUGAGAUAUCAAAAUCCGCAGCCACAACAAAAGGAACGAAAUCCGCAGCCACAGUUUCAAAAUCUCUUGUUGAGAAGUCUCCAGCAACAUGUUCAAAGCCUCCUGUAAAGAAAAGUCAGUUAGCUUCACCCUCCCCUCUACGAAGAUCUCCGCGUAAAACUGGAGCUGAAGUUAUCAAGGCUAAUCAGAAGUGCAAGUUAAUGGAUAUUAGUGGAAAGAGGCGGGUGGUUGGUGAAGGACGUGUGCAUUCAAUCGACCCAGACCAAAAGGUACACCAUGUUCGCUUGGGGGCAAAUGCAGCUAGAGUUUGGGUAGAUGUAGUGAAGAUAGAUGAUGCAGCAGUUUGGAGGCCAUCAGAUGAAAUCGAGUAUAUGAGAGAUUCACUUGGUUCAUCUAUUGCAUGGCCAAUGGAUAAGUUGGUCAUCUAUUGAGUAGAUGAAGAAACUGGGGGAAUGAAGAAACUUUGGUCCAGAUUAGGUAGUUUUAAUUAGUUUAAGACUAGACUAAUCAGCUUCUGUUAUGUACUUUGGAAUCAGACUUGUUAUGUCUUUUGGAUUUAGACUUGUUAUGUUGAAUGAUUCUGUAUAACUUUCUAACUUUUGAAUUGGAAUCAGACUUAUGUUACAAUUUA